CCACAGUAUUUAUUAAAAAUACCCAAACACAAAACAUCAAGCAGUAAACUAGAGAAAUCAGAUGCACACAGAGUCAAUAUACAUUACUACAGUCCUAAUAAUAAUGAUGAAAAACCUUCAGAGUGUCCAAAAUUCUUAUUCAGAUGGCACUGGUGGUAUCCUAGCAAAUACCAUCAAGAAAUGCAUGCAUACUACAGCUGAACCACUGAUUGUGAGUAGAGUGCAUCCUAGAUCGUCUUGCAAAAAUUUAUUCAAACAGCUGGGAAUCCUCACCAGGCCUUGUCAAUACAUCUUGUAACUAAUGUGCUUCAUGAACAAAAAUUAUGCAAUUUACAAAAUGAAUAGUGCGUACCAUGAUCACAAUACAAGAAGAAAACAUUAUCUUCACAAAGAUUUAAAAGAUCUCAGCAUGGUACAGAAAUGAGUUCAUUAUUCAAAUAUAAAAAGUGUCCAUAUCAAAUCAGUCAUUGGGGAUCAUACUAGAUUCAAAACAGUGCUAGAACUUUACCUUUUGGAUAAUUCUAUUCUUUACAGGAAUUCUUUGAAUUUGUGUUUAAUUUCAUGCACCUCUAAUAGAACUGAUUAUGUAGAUUAGCAUUUCACUUGUUGGCAGAAUAUUUUUGGAUGAAUUACUUUAAAUUUGUUUAUGUAAUCAUCUAUGUCAUUACUGCACUAUUGUUUAUGCAGACAUCUUUGUCAUUACUGUACUAUUUUCUGUGUUGUUAUCUGAAUUUUUGUGUGUAACUAUUUGACAUGUGGAUGUCCUUUUUCAUGUAUCUACUUGUGUAUGUUAAAUUGGUUGCCUCAUGAUUAUCUACAUGUGGCUUCUGAAAUAACAUGACACGUUCUACAACCUAGUUAUACAUUCGUGUCAAGGAUCCACAGAACUCGAAAAUAAAGAAAUAAAAUAAACACCUCUGCGACUAUUCAUUCCAGGAAGGUACUUUCCCAGAAUCAUGAAAAUCACAAAAGUAAUUCCUGUUUCCAAAAAAGGCAUUAAUAAUGAAGACAUGAACAACAGUAGCCUAUUACAAUUUCAUUCUGCUUCUCUAAAAUAUUAGGAAAAAUUAUGCACUAAAACUUAUGGGCUUCAUUGACAAACAAUUUACACUGAGUACAUCUUAACAUCAUAGGUUUAGAAACAACAGAUCUAUAGAAAUGGCUUUAUGACUGCAUUAAUACAAUACUUACAGCUACUAGAUACAAAACGACCCACUAUAAGUAUGUUUCAUUAUUUGUCAAAGCCUUUUGACACAGUGGAUCACCAAAGCAUUACUGAAAGAAAUUGACCAGUAUGGUAUCGGAGGACUUACAAACAAAUGGAAUACUUCAUUCCUAAACGAUAACACACACUUAAGUACAUACACCCACAAAAAACUCAGUUCAAUAACUGAUUAUCUGGCAGUAAAACUGUAAAAAGAAGUGUGCCUCGGGGCUCAGUACUGUUUCCACAGGCUUCCACAUGCAACACAAGACCCUCUCAACCACUUUUAACAGUACAUAACCAACCAACACUGAAUUAAAAUAUCUGGGCCUGUGAUUAUAAAAUAACCAAUUAUGGAAUAAAUAUACUGAUUAAUGCACCGUGUGUGCUGCAAGCUUGCAACAGCCAGAAAUCAGAAGCCUAAUAAAUGCAUGCAUACAGGCUGGCAUAAAAAAAAAUGGUGUGAUAUUCUGUGAUAAUUUUCAAGCUGCCCUCAGUACUUUUAGAAUCUAGAAGAGAGCCAUGAGCAUCAUUAAUGGAAAAAAACUAAUGACUUUUGCAAAACCAUUUUAUGUAACACAUAGAUCCUAGCAUUGCCUUGGUUACAUGUUCUCAAGACAGUAAAAUUCUUAGAAGACCACACAGUGCCAACUAAUGCAGAUUUAAAGAAAACAGAGAAAGUCACAAACACAUCACUAGAACAAACUCUAACCUGCAUGUGUUACUAACACACAACCUUGUCAAAAAGCUUCCCACAUGUAUAAAGCCUUUUCAAGACAAUCAACAGUUUUGUGAAGCCAUGCAGCCUUAUUUGUUGUCACUAUUUUUUACUUUAUAAAAAAAGAAUACUUAUAACAGUAAACUUGCUAGUUAUGUUGAUGUGUAACAUGUCACCUACUCAGUAAAGCAAACCUUUAAAUAAACGUGCUGCAAUAUAUAUUAAUAUAUUUUGUCCAACAUCUGUAGCACACUGUUUAAUAUCAGAUCAUAUGGACCAAAUGAAUGAAAGUGCAUUAGACUUAUUUUCGUAAUUACUUCUUGAGUAAUUCCUUGCCCCAUUUAAGAUUAAAGAGAUAUGGGUGAAAUUGAAGAAGUGUAACUAGCACUCUGUAUUAUUGUUUUUUUUUUCUUUCACAAGUAAAGCUAUAAGCUGUUAUAGAGAUAGCAUUUUACGCUGUAGAUAAGUAUCUGGUGUAGAGAACUUCCCUGAUUCCUCUAAAGAUUGGAGGCAAUGGAAUUACUUAAAGUUAAUGACGGUGCAGUUUCUUAAAAGCAUCUGUGCACAACAUGCGUGUGAUUCAAUUUUAUUUUUAAGUAGCAUUCCACAGAAAGACAUCUUUUUAUGUUUUUUGUGUUCGUCGUUUAUAACACACAAGUACACUGAAGGUUUCCGCGGCAACAGCUGUAUUUCUCUUAAAACUCUCAUCACAGCGUCGACUAAUUAUAGCAGAGAAGCCAGGACAAACUACAGGCACGCAUUUGACAAGUUUCUUCAUGUGUAAGAAAAAUUUGUGUAACAUUUACAAAUAAAUAAUAUCUCAUAGCAUAAAACAUUCACAGGAAACAUAAAGAGUUAUUUCGGACACUUGUUUACAUUCAAAAACAUCAUCACUUUUCCCAUGUUUUUGUUCAGUGCCCGCAAAUAUCGUUGUUCUUUUGUCAUCUGUUGAUCUCGUGAUUCGCAAGUGUGAUGUUUGUUUUUUAAGGGGAAUAGUCCAGGCCAGUCUGUCCUCGGGGAAUAUGUUGUUGCACGAAACUGCUUAUUUUUUAGCUUUGAGUGCCUGUCUCUCGGUAUUUUUUGUGCCUUGUGAUUCUCUGAAGAACAAGAAGCGUGCGUGCAAAUGGGAAAAUCCGUGCCGGUGUUCUUUUCCGUCGGGUCUUGCCAUAGAUUUCUCUGAAUUGGGCUUCAGAAAUGAAUGGUUCAUGGUGGCAGUGGAGACGAAUGUGACACUCUUUUUCCAUCCCUGCUCUGACCUGAAACUUGGCCCAGACUAUGGGGCUGGCAACGAUUGUUUCUGCGGCACUUCAGUUUGCUUGUUAAACUCAACGACUAAUGACUACACAAAUUUGGGCCGUGCAAAUGAGACAUCUUUUGUGAAUGAGGAUGGCCUGUACAACCCCAUCUACCUACAGUACAAAUACGGAAACAGGACAACAACAUUCCGGAUCUUGUGUGACACCGAGUCGACUGAUGUCAACAACACGAGGUUGACGGUCAGUCCUGGAAGUACAGAGGAGAACCACCUGAAGUUCGAGCUGAUUUCGGCAGCGGCGUGCCCGACGUACCGGCCCGCCAUGUCGCCCGCGGAUUUCGCCGCGGGAGCUGCCGCCGACGGUGGACUGUCGACGGGGUCGGUGCUGUGCAUCCUGCUGUUCGUGUUCCUAGGAGUGUACUUUGUGGGCGGAGCACUUGCCCUUCGACUGUUGCGGGGCGCCACUGGCCGGGAGAUGGUACCCAACAUCGAGUUCUGGUCAGCCCUGCCCGAGCUCGUCAAGGACGGUGUCACGUUCACUCUCAACGGCUGCCGAGUGCGGCCGGCAAAUCUCUACGACAGCAUCUGAAGGACGAGGUGUCCCAUUCAUGGUAUGCCGAUACUGCUGCCGGCCUGAUAUUAUUCGAACCUGUCUGAGGCGCUUUUGUGUCAGUGUUACAGAUCUGUAAAAGCUGAACUGCUCAAAAUGUAUCUAUCGCAGUUCUGUCUGCAAGUUACUGCAGUGCGAAAUUUCGCACAAUCGGGAGAAGUACAAAUGGCAGUUUGUUAUGUAUCGACUCACUAAAAACAAAAGUUGUAUUUUUUGUUUAAAAAGCUAAGAUGUCAGAAACAUUCUGAUGAUUAACACACACUUUAGUAACAAUAAAUAUUGGAUAGCUCUCUUCGUAUGAAGGGAGAAUUUUGAGUUUAAAAGAGGUACUUGUGCCAAAAUCAAUUGAAUACGUUUCACAAACUUGCUGAGUGUACAGGAAUUGUAAAUACAGAUGUGUUCCAUAAAAUAACGCUGGGCAUUUAUAUUUGAGAAUUACACUCUUUAGUUUUGUUACAAACUUUUUGAUCCUGGUCAUGAAUGAUUACUGAAAAUGGAGCAAAAUUUUUCCUUGUAAUGUUUUCAGAAAUAAAACAAUGAGGAUUAUUGUCUCAUUAUAAUGAUAAAUAAUAGUUUACUGCUUUGGUGAGAGCAAUAUAUUAUUUGUGCUGCUGUGUAACUUAUUACUAACUUGUAAAUAUUUGUUUUUAUCUUGUUUACUGUUUAAAAAAAAAAAAAAAAUGUUGAAACCACAAGAGUGUAUUUUACCAUGAUUGGAGUAUGUUGCAUUUUUCUGUGGAAAGAGAUGAAGACUGUGAGUGAAGUUUAUAUUCGUUUCUUGUUUCCAAAUUUUUAUAAAGCUUUAAUUAAAAAAGAAGAGGGCAUAUACAAUAA